AUUUACUAGUUACAUAAACUAUUAAUUUAAUUUAAUCGAGAUAAUGAAUACUUUUAUAGUACUAGUGUUGGUGCCAAUGGUUUUGGCACUACCUUACCAAGCUUAUGCGGAUUUUGAUAUCAAAGACUAUAAAGAUGUGAUAAAUUCACGAAACUUUACGGGAAAAGUAGUUUUGGUGACCGGAAGCAGUUCUGGAAUCGGGGAGGGGAUCGCAAAACUGUUCUCUGUGUUAGGGGCCAAUGUUGUGGUCACCGGUAGGAAAGAAGCGGAUGUCCAGAGAGUUGCUAAAGAAGUGCAAGAGUGGUCGCCAAAGAAACUAAAGCCAUUAGAAGUGGUCGGAGAUCUCACACAAACUGAAUUCAUCGCUACUUUAAUCGGCAAUACUAUCAAAACAUUUGGAAAGUUAGAUGUAUUGGUGAACAACGCCGCUAUAUAUCCGACCAAUAACAUCACCCAAACAGACAUAAUGCAAGUCUGGGAUCAGGUCUUCGCCAUAGACUUGAGAGCAGUCGUCGAACUGAUCCACGAAUCGGUUCCAUAUUUGGAGAAAACUAACGGCACUAUCAUUGAUAUCUCGAGUUUAUACGUAAUGUCACCGUCUGCCCAAAAUCUGGCGUACGGGUCCGCAAAAGCCGGUGUAGAUAUGAUUACUAAAGUACUGGCCCUCGAAUUGGCAUCCAAAGGCAUUCGUGUCAAUAGUUUAAGCCCAGGCUGUAUACAAACGACUGAUAAACCGGGCCCUAUAUGUAGUAUUGCAAAGACAAUUACACCACUCAAACGAUUGGGACAACCAUUAGAUAUCGCCAAAGGAGUGGUAUUCCUGGCCUCAAGUGAUGCCUCAUACAUAACCGGCGCUAAUCUGGUGGUCGACGGCGGACACGUCUAUACUAUCGCAGGAUAUAAUACUCUGUAAAACAAUUUUUCA